GGCUGAUGAUCUCAUUCGGUGCGUCUAAAAUUCAAGCUUCUUUACGCACAGGUUUCUCCAGCUGGUUGACGCAGAUUUGUUCUAUUUGCUAUAUGUAACAUAACACAGACACGCACCGCGGUUGUUAGGCGUGGAUUAGAGUAGAAGACAGAUGGUUAUCUCACUAAAUGUGAUGGUUUUGUGUUGUUUUCCAUCGAAUACGGGCUGAGUCCAAAUCGUUUGGCGUGGGGGCGUAUCCGUGACGCAAGUUAACAGACGCCACGGACCUGCAUAUAUACCACAGCUCUUGGCCGUCAGUGACACAUCUUCACCAACUUCUGUUGUGAACACUGCUCUGGCACAAAGACGACGCUGAAAAUGUCUCCAAACAUGACUUGUGAAGCUCUCCAGUCUUUUUCCCCGAGGCUAACUGUGGCCAAAAGAAAAGAAGCUCUUGAGCUCAGAAAGACAAUGAAACCUUUAAUGGAAAAAAGAAGGCGCGCCCGAAUAAACGACAGCCUGAAUCAUUUGAAAAACCUCAUUCUUCCCCUCACAGGCAGAGAUACUCGCUACUCCAAGCUGGAGAAAGCCGAUAUCCUGGAAAUGACCGUGAGGUUCCUCGGCGACAUUCCCCCUAACACGAAAAACUCCGCAGACAGUUACAAAGAAGGCUACAAAGCCUGCCUGCAGCGCGUCUCCACCCUGCUUCCCAAAACCAGUCUGGAUCAAGACGCUUGUCAGCGGGUGAACGAAUUCGUCCAGCAGUCCAUGUCCGCCGCCGUCACCCCGACGUGCCUGAGCUGCUGUGCGCAGAGCUCCAGGACCCUCCCGCAGAUCCAACAGAGACUCCUGAGCCUCAAAUCCAGCUUCAGCUCCAGGGUGGAGAGCCAGUCCGGCAGCAGCAGCGGCGGCGCAGCGGCUCCAAGCCGCGCGCAGUCUGGGGUGCAGACGGUCAGCGCAGCCAUGUGGAGACCGUGGUAGAUUUCUUGAACUCCCAAAACCCUGUAAAAAGACUGUAAAGUGUUUCAUAUGUGUUCAGCAUGUUGAUAUAGCAUCACUUGUAAAUAUGCACGGUGAUUCACAGCCUCGCUACCAUUGAUGAAAAGCCAGAAUUCAUCGUUAAAUCGUAUUGGUUGAGUAUUAUAUACUUACGUUUUGCGCACGGGUCUAUUGUCCAGUAUAUGUUGACAAGUUUAGACAGUCGUAUUUUCUUAAAUCUGCAUGUAUGUAUACGGUUAAUAUUUAGUCCUCCUCGCGGACUAAGUGGUUAAGGGCCAUUAAAACAGCCCUGUAAGACCCAAAGGGUCAGUCUGUAUGAAUUUGCACUAAAGACAAAGAGUUCUGAGUCUGUGCAGAUGAACUGUGUAGACACAUUAUGUGUCUUUGAAAGUAUCUCUAUCGAGAUGUGUUUUAUUUUGCUAUUUACAGCAAAUGUUGUAUAUAUGUUAUAUAAAUACAAAUAAAACUACGAUGUCGUGGUAAGAUA